AGUUUUCCGAGCUCGCGUGAAUGCGUGCACGAUGGGUGUCCCACUGUACCACAGCCUACACACAACCCGCACUAGAUUAUACAGGCUGUCGGAAAUAGGGAAAGAAAACAAAUGUCCCUACAGCCGGUAUGCGAUUCUGCAGGGCAGGCGCAUCUCACUGAAACCCGCUGACAUUAAAACGAGGGCAGCCAGAUUUAUGACGCACGGCUUGAGGAUGGACGCUGGUGACACCCGCCGACGCUGCUCGCUAGGAGAGCGAAGGAGCCGUCGACGUCGAUCUUCAAGCAGCUCGUGCAGUAGCUCGUCGUCUUCUGACAGCUCCGACCGCUUUUCGCAUCGAUAUCGGCGCUCUAGCUGCCGAACAAGUCGCCCCCGUAGUCGGAGUCCUCGCAAAUUCGAGGAUUGCCAUGGCUACAGACGUCGCUCACGCUCUAGAGAUAGUCUAGAAGCUGCCCAACGUGGCGCUCGCUUUGCUGCUCGUCGCGUCCACCAUAAGGAAGAGCGAGAAUCGCGUAGAUCAACGUCCCGGCGGAUCGCGCCGAAUGCUACCGCAUUAAAAUCCAUUAUGUUAGGCACUGCGCGGUCCAGAGAUCGCAUGGACGAACUCGAACAAGCACGAGCCAAGGAGAAACUCGCAAGUCUGGAUACAGCAAACACUUUGGCACAGUGAUGGAGAAGACAACUGCAAACUGGAAUGCUUUUUUUUUUAUCAAUUUCUUAGGUUGAAGAAAUCUUCUAUAGUUUCUGUGCUCAGCAGGGCAUUCGAUGCCAACCGCGUUAUUACCAUGCAAACGCCAUCGAAAUGUCCACUUCAGCAUAACCUGCUUACACGGCGUGAUCCUUGAUCGGAUCCCAGCAGGUAACUAGGUACUCAUCCAACGCCGCAAGCUUGGCAAACUGAGCAUCCGUCAGCUUGAUCGCAGCAGCUUCGAGGUUGGAUUUCUGACGCUCCUCGUGAACGGAUUUGGGCAGAGUGAUAAACCCAUUGGCCAAGCUGAAGGCGACAAGGACUUGAGCAGGAGUAGCACCCGCCUCCUUCGAGAUCUCAACAAGUGUGGGAUUCUCCAUUUUCUGAGCCCUUGCCAACGGCGAGUACGCCUCAAGCAGAAUGUCGUGCUCCUGGCAAUACCUCACCAGCGUCGGACGCAUAAGCCACGGGUGCAGUUCCACCUGGUUCACCGCGGGUUUCACCUUGACAGUGUUCAACAACUUCUCGAG